GACUAUCUCCUUGCCCUUUUACCGAGUGACUCCCGCGUGUUCAUCACUCGCCAGACAAGAGCCCCUGCCAGCAGCGUUUUCUCCUCUCUUCCCACCACACCAGCAACAAGUCGGUCCUUUGUUCGCACGCAACCCACGAUCCAGCUUCAGUCUUAUCGAUGAAACGAUCCUGACGGAGACUCAAACCAACAACUGAAAUCAAGAAUCCAAAAUACUCAUUCCAUGGAAGCCCGAGCAUCACCAGACAAGGGCACGCCUGGUCGUCGUCGACAGGGUCGAGGCAAGCCCGCCCCUCUCAAGGCCUAUGCCUCCGAGAACGAUGCUGCCAACUACGCCUCAUCGUCACACCUCGGCCACCACGGCCACCGCAAGAAUCCCCAGACUCCCAAGAAGAUUCUGUCGGUCUCUCCUGUGCCUGCGGAGGGCCCCAGCGCCCAGCCCGGCUCCAAGCCACGCAACCGAAACAACAAGUCGAGAUCGAAACAUGACCCGACCUCGCCCAACUACCAGCUCAGCAACAACCAGUCGCCUCCGCGGACGUCGCCAGCGUCAAAGGCAAUCUCCAGCACGCCAUUUGCCGGGGCCACCUUCCAUGCCUCGCCCGCCCCCUCAGACCUGCCCAUCCCGAGCUUCAUCAAGUCCAACAGCGAGUCUCCCAUGGUGCGGAAGCCGAGGGGCGUCGUCCCCCAGCCGUCCCCCCCUGCCACCGAUUCGGAGGCGCCCACGCCGCAGCGACCCGUGUCUGCCUCCCAGCACCGCGAGUCGCCGCUCGACUUCAUGUUCCGAGCUCAUCGGUUGGAGAAGGCGGCCCGAGAGCAGGUUGACCAGACUGCUGGUCCGGCGUCGGCGCUGGCCGGCAUCAUGUCUCCGCCUCACCACACCAAUACGCCCUUCUCCCCGUCUGCCUCUGGCCUGGCCCAGAACCGCCGUGCGUACAACCGGGAGUCCUCUGGUGACAUGGAGAUCUUUGAGCUGGACGGGACCGGAGGCCAGCCGUUGGGUCCAGCUUUCUCGACCCCGUAUCAGGAUCGAAUCAAGGCUGCGCGAAGUAUGGCAACCAACGCCCAUGCUUCUCAGGGAAGCCCCAUGCCCCCUGCAAACGCCAGUGCGCCGAUGGAGGAUCCAACCGAGGCUCUCAAGAGGUUUCUUUUCGCUCCUCAGUCGUCUGCACCAACGGCUCCAGCCGCUGCCAACCCUCCUGCAUUCCCUCCUCAACCUCGCAGUGCUGAACAGUUCUCCAACAGCCAAGCGAACGGCGGCGCAAGCAGCAUACAGGCCAUGGAAAACGAUCUUCGACGGAUCCUGAAGCUGGAUGUCGGAGGCGAGGGGCCGCCCACUGAGAGGAGGCUUUUUACUCGCUAG